AGGUGUUCAUAAAUAUGCCCUCAAUGAUUUCUUCUUCACUACAAAAUACAGGAGACUGAGAGUACGUAGUGUAGCCGACGAGCUCCAUCGCCGGCGGUCUUCGAACUGCCGUUUCAAACUCCGAUUUGCACCAUUAAAAAAGAGUCAGGUUUGAAAAAAAAUGAAGUCGGAGAUGGAUCCUCUCAUGGUUCAGAUUUCACCAGACCACCACCAAUCAUUACCAUCGGCAUACACUUUCACUAAGCCCAAGUCGAAACCCUCCAUACCAUUUCUCCUGUUAAUCCUCACUUCACUCGUUUCCGUGGCUUUCACGUUAGGGUUAAUAUUUCUUCUUUAUCCAAUCCUGUUCUCCGGAUGGAACUGGACAAUAAGCUCGUACCGGUAUAGCGUCGUUAUCGAUGCCGGGAGUUCAGGGAGCAGAGUUCACUUGUUCCGGUACUGGUUCCAGUCAGGGAAACCGGUUUACGACUUCAGUGGAGACAACUACGCUAACUUGAAGCUGAAUCCUGGUUUGUCUUCGUAUGCUGAUCAUCCGGAAGAAGCUAGCGUGUCAGUCACGAAACUUGUGGAGUUCGCCAAGGGGAGAGUUCCGAAGGCAAGUUUGAAGAGGAGUGACAUUAGGUUAAUGGCUACUGCUGGAAUGAGAUUGCUUGAAGAAGAUGUUCAGGAACAGAUCUUAGAUGUUGUCAGAAGAGUUCUUAGAUCUUCAGGGUUUAAGUUUCGUGACGAAUGGGCCUCGGUUAUCUCUGGAUCUGAUGAAGGUAUAUAUGCUUGGGUAACAGCAAACUAUGCACUUGGUUCGCUUGGAGGUGAUCCUUUGAAAACAACAGGGAUUGUUGAGCUUGGUGGGGCUUCUGCACAGGUGACAUUUGUGUCAAGUGAGAAUGUGCCUCCUGAGUUCUUGCGUACGUUAUCUUAUGGAAAUGUUUCGUACAAGAUCUAUAGUCACAGCUUCCUCCACCUUGGACAGAAUGAAGCACAUGAAAAGUUAUGGGCAUCACUCCAUAACUCAGCUGCAAAUUCUCCAGAAGACGUAGUAGUUACUGACCCUUGUACUCCUAAAGGUUACAACCUCGACAAAAAUUCACACAUGGAUUCAUUCGAGGAAGGCAGAUUAACAGGUUCACUUCAAGCUGCUGGUAAUUUCACCAAAUGCCGAUCCGCAACAUAUGCAAUGUUGCAGGAAGGAAACGAGAAAUGUCCUUAUGAGCAUUGUUCAAUUGGAUCAACAUUCACACCUGAUCUACAAGGACAUUUUUUGGCGACAUCAAAUUUCUACUACACGUCCAAGUUCUUUGAGUUGGAUGAAAAGGAUUGGCUAGCUGAAAUGAUUCCAGCUGGAAAGAGGUACUGUAAAGAAAAAUGGUCGGAACUGAAAGCAGAACACCCAACAACAAAAGAAGAGUAUUUGCUUGGGUACUGCUUCUCAUCAGCAUAUAUUAUCUCAAUGCUUCACGAUAGUCUUGGUUUUGCUCUUGAUGAUGGAAGAAUUGAGUUUGCGAGUAAAGCAGGAGAGAAAGACAUACCACUAGAAUGGGCAUUAGGAGCUUUUAUCUUGAAAACUUCCUCAGCCACUUUUGACUACGCUGGUUUAUCAAGAAAAAUGCUUGGCUGAAAUAGCGUAGCAAAAUAAAAUAAAAUAAAUAUGAUAUUGAUAUGCUAUAAAAUAUCAUGUUUCUAAUCAAGCACGUUAAUUGUGUUAUGUAUUUUACGUUAAAGUUGUGUUUGGAACUGUUGUCGUCGUUUUCUCUUAAUGGAAUAAAAUUAGCUACUAUGUUUAUUAAAAAAAA